GCCGGGGUAACGGGCGGCGGCGGCGGCGGCGGCGGCGUUGUUGUUGUUGUUGUUGGCGUUAUGGACCUGGAGGAGGCGAAAGAGUUCAAAGACCGUUGUUCUCAGUGCGCUGCUGUCUCUUGGGGUCUCACUGAUGAAGGCAAAUAUUAUUGCACUUCUUGCCACAAUGUUACAGAAAGAUCUAGGGAAGUUAUAAACACUGGGGCUAUUCCUAAUACUAAAAUACAAGCCAUCAACCGGGGACUUAAAAGAAAACGAAAACUUGAGAAAGGCUGGGAUUGGUAUGUGUGCGAAGGUUUUCAGCACAUACUUUAUCAACAAGCAAAAGCCUUACAGACCCUUGGAGUAGGCCCAGAGUUAAAGAAUGAAGUUUUACAUAAUUUUUGGAAGCGCUACCUUCAGAAGAGCAAGCAGGCAUAUUGUAAAAACCCAGUUUAUACCAGUAGAAGGAAAACUACGGUAUUAGAAGAUAAUCCAAGUCAUUCAGACUGGGACAGUGAGCCUGAGCUGCUGAGUGACCUGAGCUGUCCUUCUUUUGUUGAAAGUGGAGCAGAAUCUCAGCCUGAUGUCCACACUCAAAAGCCUUUCCCCAUCAUCAAAGCAUCACAAUCAGAAACAGCAUCUGUCUGUUCUGGAUCUCUUGACGGAGUUGAGUAUUCACUGCGAAAGGAGAAGGGAAUUGUGAAGAUGACUGUGCCACGGACGCUAGCUUUCUGCUACCUGUCAUUGCUUUGGCAGAGGGAGACAAUCACUCUUGCGGAUCUUCUGAGAUUCGUUGAAGAGGAACAUAUUCCUUAUAUAAAUGCUUUUCAGCAUUUUCCAGAAGAGAUGAAAUUAUAUGGGCGUGACAAAGGAAUCUUUGCUAUAGAGUCUUGGCCUAACUAUGAAGAUAUCUUUAAAAAAAUAAUUGAAGUUGCCACAUUUUUAGAUUUGCCACGUUUUCCAGACGUAACCGAAGACUGCUAUCUUCAUCCAAACAUCUUGUGUAUGAAAUACUUGAUGGAAGUCAAUCUCCCUGAUGAAAUGCAUGAUUUAACCUGCCACGUGGUAAAAGUGACUGGAAUGGGAGAAGUGGAUUUUCUAACAUUCGAUCCUAUAGCUAAAAAGGCAAAAGCUGUUAAAUAUGAUGUACAAGCUGUAGCUGUCAUUGUGGUGGUGUUGAAACUGCUCUUUUUAUUGGAUGACAAUUUAGAAUGGUCUUUGUCUAAUAUUGCUGAGAAAUAUAAUGAAAAGAAUGAAGAAGAUAAGCCAUGGUUUGAUUUCAGAAAAUGGUACCAAGUUAUGAAGAAAGCUGUUGAUGAAAAAAAACAAAAAUGGGAGGAAGCCAGGGCAAAGUAUCUAUGGAAAAGUGAAAAGCCACUCUACCACUCAGCGAUUGACAGAUCAGUGGUGUAUAAAAGAAGGGAAAUGGUCGUGAGUCUACAAAAACAGUUUAGCACACUGGUUGGUUCAACACCAACUGUUGAAAAACAAAGCCCUUCAAGUUUUCAGUUCAGCUGGACCGAAGAGGGCAGUGAUAGAACUUGUUUCCAUGGGCAUAGCCUCCAGGGAGUCCUGAAGCAGAAAGGCCAGUCACUGAUGACCAAGAAUUCCCUCUAUUGGCUGAGUACUCAGAAAUUCUGUAAAAGAAAUUCACACCAGAAAUAAAAGUCUCCCUGGGAAGGUCUCUGCUUGGGGUCCCUGGCACCCUAAGCAGUCAGCCUGCUGGGGCCGUCAGGCAGGGGCCAGCCCCUCGCCACGCCCAUCUAGCCACAAUGUCUUUCUCAAAGUGCAGCCCAGGGAUCUGCGUCUUGAUCAGACGGGGCUCCCCUGCCUGCCCCCUUCUCACCACUGCCUGAGGAUCAGAGUGGGUGGAUCGGCCUCAGAGUCUGCAUUUCAUCCCCUGGCACCGCACCGCCCAUCCCCAGGUGCAGAGGAUAGGGACUACCCCCCACCACCUGCCUCCACCUCCCCGACCCCAGCCUACUUCAGUCCCCUCUCUGUCUGAAAAGGCAUCAAAGGGAGCUCCGUUCUUUCAGUUCCUCUGCACCCACAGCGCCUCCUGUUUUUGGCAUUUAGUAUAGUCUGAUUCAGCGUGUGUCCUGUUGUCCUAACUAGGCAGGAAGUUGGAGACUGGGGGCCAUUUCUCAUGGCUCCAUAUAGAGCCCUACAUCCAGUAUUUGUUUAAUAAAUGCCUUUGAUGAAAGUAAUGAUGAUAAAAAAAGGAAAAUUACAAAAAGCUUCCUACUUUCUUAUCAGUUACCACAGUGCAAUGAUCACUACUUAAUGAAUGAACGUAGUUGUCUGCCUUCCAAAUGUUGGUUUGGAAUCAAACUGAAGUACUUUUAAGACAGAAGGGGGAAGGAAAUGGACAUAACUUUUGCCCACGGUCUACCUGUGGCCUCAUCCACUAAGUAUAUAGUACUCAGAAUGUGCCAGGCACCGUCCUAAGCACUUGACCCAAAUCGCCUCUUUUAAUCCUUGCGUCAUCUCGGAUGAUGUGGUGCUGUAUUAUUUUACAAAUAAGGACAUUGAGACAUUCUGCUCCCAGGUAGCCUAGCUCCAGAAUACGUGGGCUUUACCAACUUACAGAGCUAUGUCUGGAAGACCUCAGCCCCUGGUGAUGUCAGUUUGGAAUCUAAGGAACCGCAAUGCUACUCCAAAGAAGAAAACAUUAGCAUAUGUGAGGAGAGUGUAUCCUCACCAAACCCCUCCUCCAAGCCUCCUCCCCAAGCCUGUUUGUCCUUUGUGCUCAGGUCUCAAUCACAGCUCCGUUGGCUAACCACCCAAGCUAUAUGUCGCCAGCCCUCGCUACCUGUCACCGCCAACGUCUCAUCCGUCACUCAGCCCUGGUAGUUCCAUCACCGAGUUUCUCUCUGGCUAGUGUCCAAUCUUCCGUCGACACAGUUACCGCCCACCUCAGGCCCUCAUCUCCUCCCCACGGGCAGUGGGACUGAAGCACGAGGUCGUGCGUCUUCUGCAAUAGGAAAGCCAUUUAAGCCAGUCCCCGAUGUGGUCCAAAUGGGAGGAGGCUGAGGGCCAGAAGAGAUGCCUGCAGAGGAAGGUACCCAUCCAGUGAACACUUCCUGGACAGCUUCUAUGUGAAUACCAGGAGGCUGGGGACCGUAAAAUGAAAGCAGUACAAUCCCUGCCCUCUCUUGAAAAGCUCCCACUUAUGGUGGAGACAGAAACAAAGAGAAAAUCGAGUAUUACAAACAGAAUGUGUGAUGGUCCCAUUCUUUUCUGUGUCUCUGCCACUGAGGUUCAUCCCAUCUCCAGGCUCUCAAUACCAUCUCUGUGCUGAUGAUUCCCAGAUGUCAUUUCAAACCUGACUUCUCCCAGGACUCCAGGCUCAUAUCAAACCAUCUGCUGAUACAUCUACUUGGAUCUCUAAUAAAAACCUUGAAAUUAA